CACGCGACUACUCUAUGAAAACAAACAAUAAACCUAAACUUCUCUCCCUUUGUGUCCUCUAGUAGGCUUUUUUGACAUUGAUUAUUAUAACUUUGGGAUUAAUUAUAUGGGCACAACUCAUCAUAUAAGAAAGAUAUGGAGAAAUUCUUGAGAGAUUGGCGGCAGGAUGCUAUGAAUAAACACCAAUACGACUCGGCAAUUUUCAUUGGAGAUAAAUUGCUAGCAAUAACAAGUACAAUCAUUCCAAUGCCCUCCUGGUCAAUUGUUGGUUCUAAUUACUUUAUAGAGAGCGAUAAAGAUGCUUUUUGGCUUGCCCAAGUUCAUUUCUCCACGGGAAACUAUACCAGGGCCCAAAGUUUUCUCACUAAGCAAGACCUAAUAGCUCGAAACCCUUCAUGCCGGUAUCUUGCAGGCCAUUGUCUAAUAAAACAAUCAAGAUUUGAGGAAGCUUUGAGUAUACUUGGCGAAAAGAAUCCUACACAUUUAAUAUCAACGACCGGUCAUAACAGAAAGAAGUUACAACAUACUAGAGGGCAUGCCCGGAAUGGAUCAACAACGCAGAGUGGCCGGCACAGGCAGGACGAAAUAGCCAAGGAUGAAGCCGCAAAUAUCAAAUUCGAAGCUGCAAUGUGCUUUCUACGAGGACUUUGUUAUGCCAAACAGAAUGCUUUCGAUAGGGCGAAAGAGUGUUAUAAGGAUGCGGUACGAAUAGAUGUACAGUGCUUUGAAGCAUUUGAGCAGCUCAUGAAGAACUGUUUGAUGUCUCCAGAAGAAGAAUGGCAAUUCCUGGAAUCUUUGGAUUUCGAUACUAUUUCUGUUACCGACGAUACUUCAUCCUCGCAAGAGGCAGCCGAAUUUACAAAAAUGCUUUAUACUACUCGACUUUCGAAAUACAAAAACCCGGCGGCUUUUACAACGGCGACGGAAACGCUAUCAACACAUUACAAUCUAGCUACGAAUCCCGAUCUUUUAUUGUCAAAAGCGGAUUUAUUUUUCACACAAUGCAGGUUCAAAGAUGCUUUAGCCAUUACAAAUUCUAUUCUUGAGGAGGACAAGUACAACUUUAGUAUAUAUCCUUUACAUUUGGCAUGUCUGUACGAACUACAACUUAAGAAUGCCCUUUUCUUAGUAAGUGAAGUGAUCUUUAUCUCUUUUAAAUACUUGGACGUUUCCGAUUUCUCAUUUGCAACUCGAAAGAUGGCUCUUAUUUUGGGACGAUGCAAAUGUUGGUAGACAGCCUGGCCUCUACCAGGACGUUCGAAUGAUAAAUUUAUGUCACAUCCCUUUUAAAUGCUAAUAUUUUAUUGACAGGUAGCACACGACCUAGCAGAUAACCACCCAGAAGAGCCAUGUACUUGGUUAGCUGUGGGUAUAUAUUAUUUGGCUAUAAACAAAGUUGCUGAAGCUAGACGUUAUUUCAGCAAAGCAAGUAUGAUGGAUCCUCAUUUUGGACCUGCUUGGAUUGGAUUCGCCCAUACUUUCGCAGCAGAGGGUGAACACGAUCAAGCAAUCUCGGCAUACUCGACAGCUGCACGACUUUUUAUGGGUACUCAUCUGCCUCAACUAUUUCUAGGCAUGCAAAAUCACAUGUUAAACAACAUGACUCUAGCCGAUGAAUUCUUAAAAACAGCAUACGAAUUAUGUAAGACCGAUCCUUUACUCCUUAAUGAGAUGGGAGUAGUAUUUUACCACCAAGAACGACUUCAGGAUGCUGUUUUAAUACUCAGGAAAGCCCUUGAAAUUGCGGAGGAAAUUGAUAGUGAUCCACAAGCUUGGAUAUCCACUCGUUCAAACCUCGGACACGCAUAUAGACGUCUCCAUCAGUGGGAUGCCGCGUUGGCAGAAUUCGAUGAGGUACUUCGACAAGGUGGAAAAGAUCCAGCUAUUUUUUGUGCGAAGGGUUUGGUGUUAAUGGAGCAGAGGAAAUCUUUUGAAGCGGUUUUGAUGUUCCAUGAAGCACUUGCUAUUUCACCCCAGGAUGCAAUUGCGACGGAAUUGCUCAAUAAGGCAUUGGAGGAAACCGCGAUUCAUGGGAUUAAUGGAAGUAGGAUUUUUGACGAGGAGGAAGAUGAAAUUGAGAGGGAGUUAUCAUUGAGAAAGAAUGAGGUUUUGGCCAGUUUAAGACCUAGUAAAGUGAAAGGGAAGGGCAAAUCGAGGAGUAGGGUGGUGGUUAAUGAAGUUAAUUCGAUGGAUGUUAGUGAUGGGGAUUAGGUUUUGCAUUAUGAAGAUCUAUCAAAAGGCCAGGACGUAGAAUUGGGAUAGAUGGAAAUGGUGAGAAAUUUGAGCUGGGAAACUUUCACGUUUUAUGCAUCUCGUGGAGGUUCUAUUUUUCCUUUGAGGGCGUAUAAUGGUGGGAAGGAAGGAAAGCAAAUCGGGAGAACAGGAGGAGAAUGGGUUAACGAUGGGUAAGGAAUGCAUUGUGAAUGGCGUAUAGCAUAUAGCAUUUAGAAUUUGUCUACCUAUUCGCUAAUAAGAGAUGAUUUAUUGAUGAGAAUCUAUAUAUUAUUAUAUAGAGAAGAUU